AUGGGCCAAUCUAUAACCACCCCUUUAAGCCUAACUUUACAGCACUGGCGAGACGUCCAAGACAUUGCAAACAACCAGUCAGUGGACGUCCGGAAGAGACGCUGGGUAACUUUUUGUUCCUCAGAAUGGCCAACGUUCAAUGUGGGUUGGCCUAGGGAUGGUACUUUUGACAUUAAUGUCAUCCUGCAGGUAAAAGCUAAGGUGAUGGAUCCUGGCCCUCACGGGCACCCAGAUCAGACUGCAUAUAUCGUGACCUGGGAAGCGAUGGCUUAUGACCCGCCACCCUGGGUCAAACCUUUUAUUACACCAAAACCCCCUGCCCUUACUCCCUCUGCACCUACUUUGCCCCCUCCACUCCUUCCCACUCCAGCGGGACCCCCAUCCCACUCCUCCCUGUAUCCAACCCUCACCAAGUCCCCGAUGCCCAAGCCCCCUCCCCCAAAAGUCUUACCCCCAGAUGAUGACCUCCUGAUGGACCUCCUUACGGAGGGCCCUCCCCCAUAUCAGGAGCCAGCUCUGCGACCUCCAGAUGAGGCUGACUCAACCGAAAGAAGAGAGGAGCACGCGGCGCCAGUCUCUGCUGCCUCUACCGGUCCUUCUCCGAUGGCUGCACGCCUAAGGGGACGGAGGGAUCAACCUCCUCCUGCGGCGGAUACGACCUCCUCCCAGGCAUUCCCUCUUCGCACAGGAAUGAACGGCCAACUCCAAUACUGGCCGUUCUCUGCCUCAGAUCUGUAUAACUGGAAAAAUAACAAUCCUUCUUUUUCCGAGGACCCCUCUAGGUUGACAGCUUUAAUUGAAUCCAUUUUGAUUACCCAUCAGCCUACAUGGGACGACUGCCAACAGCUGCUGCAGGCUUUGCUGACCUCGGAGGAACGGCAGAGAGUCCUCCUGGAGGCCCGGAAGGAAGUCCGGGGACCUGAUGGCCGCCCCACCCAAUUGCCUAAUGAAAUAGAUUCUGCCUUUCCACUUGAACGCCCCUCUUGGGAUUUCACCACGAUGGAAGGUAGGAAUCACCUAGCCCUCUAUCGCCAGUUGCUCAUAGCGGGUCUCCACAGGGCGGCUCGACGCCCAACGAAUUUGGCUCAGGUAAAGCAGGUUAUCCAGGGGUCAGAGGAAACUCCCUCUGCGUUCCUUGAGAGGCUCAAAGAGGCUUACCGCAGAUAUACUCCCUAUGACCCUGAUGACCCCGGACAGGAGACCAAUAUCUCCAUGUCUUUUAUUUGGCAGUCAGCUCCAGAUAUCAGACGCAAAUUGGAGCGUCUAGAGAACCUCAGGGAAAGCUCACUCAGGGAUCUGUUAAAAGAGGCAGAGAAGAUUUUUAAUAAGAGGGAGACUCAGGAAGAGAGGGAAGAUCGCCUCCGAAGAGAAGCCGAGGAACGAGAGGAUCGUUUUAGGAAGGAGUCUGAAGAAAAGGAAAAGGAGAGAGACCGUAAGAGACACAGGGAAAUGAGUAAACUCUUGGCCACUGUAGUGUCGGGACAGAGGCAGGAUAGACAGGGAGGAGACAGAAGGAGGCCCCCUCUUGACAAGGAUCAAUGUGCCUAUUGCAAAGAGAAGGGACACUGGGCAAGAGAUUGCCCUAAGAAACCGGACGGAUUUAAAAGACCUGGACCAUGCCGUGCCUCCCUCCUAACUCUUGAUGACUAGGGGGGUCGGGGUCAGGAGCCCCCCCCUGAGCCCAGGAUAACCCUAGAAGUUGGGGGGCAACCGGUCACCUUCCUAGUCGAUACAGGCGCUCAACAUUCGGUGUUAACCCGGGACCCGGGACCCCUGAGUGACAAAUCUGCCUGGGUCCAAGGAGCCACUGGUGGAAAACGAUACCGAUGGACCACAGAUCGCAAGGUUCACUUAGCAACCGGUAAGGUGACUCAUUCUUUCCUCCACGUGCCUGACUGUCCAUAUCCGCUCCUAGGAAGGGACUUGCUCACAAAAUUAAAAGCCCAAAUUUACUUCAAAGAAACCGGAGCACAGGUAGUUGGCCUUCAGGGACAACCCUUACAUGUGCUGACUCUCAGCCUAGAGGAUGAAUAUAGGCUGCAUGAAAAAGACAGUACCACUGCGGCCCCCACUGAGGCUUAUUGGCUGGAUCGCUUUCCCCAGGCAUGGGCAGAAACCGGGGGAAUGGGGCUGGCCAGACAGCAGCCCCCUCUAGUGGUAAGCCUCAAGACAACUGCUACUCCUGUCUCGAUUAAACAGUAUCCCAUGUCUCACGAGGCAAGGGAAGGAAUAAGGCCUCACAUCAAAAGGCUUCUUGACCAGGGAAUAUUAGUCCCCUGCCGGUCCCCUUGGAAUACCCCCUUGCUGCCCGUAAAAAAGCCAGGGACUGGGGACUAUAGACCUGUGCAAGAUCUAAGAGAGGUCAAUAAACGGGUGGAAGACAUACACCCGACAGUUCCUAACCCCUACAAUCUGUUAAUUGGACUAUCACCCUCAUAUACUUGGUAUACCGUCCUGGACCUUAAGGAUGCAUUCUUCUGUCUGAGACUGCACCCCAGAAGUCAGCCCAUAUUUGCCUUUGAAUGGAAGGACCCUAGGCUGGGGAUUUCAGGACAGCUGACCUGGACCAGGUUGCCUCAGGGUUUCAGAAAUAGCCCCACCCUGUUCGAUGAGGCCCUACACCGAGACUCAGCGGAUUUCAGGGUGAGGCAUCCUGGCCUGAUGCUGUUACAGUAUGUUGAUGAUCUCUUGUUAGCUGCUACUUCGGCUCAGGACUGUAUAAAAGGAACUGAGGCAUUACUACAAGCCUUGGGGGAUCUAGGGUACCGAGCUUCUGCCAAAAAGGCCCAAAUAUGUCAACGGCAGGUCACCUACUUAGGGUACCAAAUCAGAGAAGGACAGAGAUGGCUAACGGAGGCCAGGAAAGACACAGUUAUAAAAAUCCCUACCCCUCGGACACCCCGCCAGCUGAGAGAAUUUCUAGGGACAGCGGGAUUCUGCCGGCUCUGGAUCCCCGGAUUCGCGGAACUGGCAGCCCCCUUGUACCCACUGACGAAGCAGGGGGUGAUGUACUCAAGGGGAUCGGAUCAGGACGAGGCUUUUCAGAAAAUCAAACGGGCUCUGCUUACAGCCCCAGCCUUAGGCCUCCCUGACCUGACUAAGCCUUUUGAUUUGUUUGUUGACGAGAAGCAAGGAUAUGCAAAAGGGGUCUUGACCCAGAGGCUGGGGCCCUGGCGGCGGCCAAUAGCCUACCUAUCCAAGAAGUUGGACCCCGUGGCCACAGGAUGGCCCCCAUGCCUCAGAAUGGUAGCAGCAGUGGCAGUCCUCACCAAGGACGCUGGCAAACUGACUAUGGGCCAACCUUUGACCAUCCUGGCCCCACACGCAAUUGAGACUCUAAUCAGACAACCCCCAGAUCGCUGGCUCUCCAAUGCCCGCAUGACCCAUUAUCAGGCCAUGCUCCUGGACUCGGACCGAAUCCAUUUUGGACCAGUGGUGGCGCUCAAUCCUGCAACCCUGCUACCACUCCCAGAGGAGGGGGAGACGGACCAACACGACUGUCUCAAGAUCCUGGCGGAAAUGCACGGGACCAGACCGGACCUGACGGAUCAACCCCUCCGGGAUGCGGAUGUCACCUGGUACACUGACGGCAGCAGCUUUCUGCGGGAAGGUGAGCGAAAGGCGGGUGCAGCGGUAACCACGGAGACCGAAGUGAUCUGGGCACAGCCUCUGCCUGCAGGGACUUCUGCGCAGCGAGCAGAGCUUGUCGCCUUGACACAAGCUUUGAGGAUGGCAGAAGCUCAUUUGCAGGCACUCCAAAUCGUGCAACGUGAGGUCUGGAAACCACUUGCUGCAGCCUACCAGGAGCAAUUGGACAGACCAGUGGUGCCCCAUAACUACCAGAUUGGCGACACCGUGUGGGUCCGCAGGCAUCAGGUUAAGAAUCUGGAACCCCGCUGGAAGGGACCCUAUACCGUGCUACUGACCACCCCGACCGCGCUGAAAGUUGACGGCAUCGCAGCCUGGGUCCACGCGUCGCACGUCAAAGCAGCCAGCCCUCCUGACGAAACCACAACCGGGGCAUCAUGGAGGGUCCACCGCACACAAAACCCUCUAAAGAUAAGACUUUCCCGUACCUAGUCUUGGUGAUGCUUAUAACCCCCCCUCGCGCCCUGGGAGGACACUCAGUCUCGCCCCACAUUGUGGGGAAGAGCACCUGGACCCUCAUAGUAGCUGGUACAGAUGUGGUCCUCAAUGUCACAACCAUGAAGGGACCCAAGAAUCUAGGAUGCCCACCCGAAAUGAAAGCCAAUCUAGUCACCUUGUUCCAGGCAGUGGGAGGACCGGUUCCCGGUAACAAUGCUGAUUGGUAUGCCUGUCCGGGGACCCGGAGCCAUAAACGAUGCUCACAUAGCACGGCUAACCAAUAUUAUUGUAACACUUGGGGCUGCGAAACCUCCUCCUGGGGAUCCCUGGCUAGCUCUUGGGGAACCCCCCAGGGAAAUGAUCCCCUACACAUAGAAUACUGGGAUAAGACCCCUUACCCCUCCGGCCCAAACAUUCGCCUGACCUUUUCAAAAUGUAAGGAUCAGGCCCCUGCCCUAACAGGAUCAUGGGGGAUCCGGCGAUACGACCCCACCGGUCCAGAUCAUGGAGCUAUAAUCACUCUCACUUAUGGCUUCACCCCAGAUUCUCCAUCCUCGUCCCUGGGCCCCAACUCAGUCCUGGGCGACCAACAGGCUCCAUCCCCUCCCAAACCUCCCCCAGCGCCAGCCCAACCCCCCUCAGGAAACGCCACCCAGGCACCCUUCUCAACUUCUUCAGCGGAGGACUCGUCCCCGUCAGUACCCACUCCGGCGGUAUCCGGAACUGGGGACAGGUUGGUCGGCCUUAUACAGGGGGCAUAUCAAGCCUUAAACCUGACUAACCCUAACCGGACUCAAGAAUGCUGGCUCUGCCUACUACCUAGGCCCCCCUAUUAUGAAGGGUUGGCACUCAUGGGGAAUUUUACCAAUCAGACCUCCCCACCAGCCCAAUGCUCCGAUAUACCACGGCACAAGCUGACGCUAUCGGAGGUGUCAGGAGAGGGCCUUUGUAUAGGAAAAGUCCCACCCUCACAUUCACUUCUCUGCAACACCACACUAGCCCUGCCUCAGGGCACUUAUUACCUAACACCUCCCAAUGGCACUUACUGGGCCUGUAGCACGGGACUGACCCCCUGUGUGUCUUCCUCAGUCUUAAACAUAUCCUCUGAUUAUUGCGUGUUAAUUGAGUUAUGGCCAAAAAUAACUUACCAUGAACCAGAAUAUGUGUAUGCUCAGUUUGAAGGAAGACCUAGAUUCAGGAGAGAGCCAGUGUCCCUCACCCUAGCCCUCCUGCUUGGGGGAUUGACUGUUGGAGGCAUCACGGCAGGGAUAGGGACCGGAGCAACAGCCCUUGCCGCCACCCAGCAGUUUAGGCAGCUACAGGCAGCCAUGCACACUGACAUAAAAGCCUUGGAGGAAUCGGUCAGUGCAUUGGAAAAGUCCUUAACCUCACUGUCUGAGGUAGUCCUACAAAACAGGCGGGGACUAGACAUAUUGUUCCUGCAGGAAGGAGGACUUUGUGCAGCCCUAAAGGAAGAAUGCUGCUUUUAUGCAGACCACACAGGAUUAGUCAGAGACAACAAGGCAAAGCUGAGGGAAAGACUUAAGCAGAGACAGUAGCUCUUUGAAUCUGACCAAGGCUGGUUUGAGGGACUGUUCAACAGAUCGCCCUGGUUCACCACCCUGAUUUCCUCCAUUAUGGGACCCCUAAUCAUACUACUAUUGAUUCUGCUUUUCGGACCAUGCAUUCUCAACCGGCUAGUACAAUUUAUGAAGGACAGGCUGUCUGUCAUCCAGGCUUUGGUCCUGACACAACAGUACCACCAACUUAGACAAUUUGAUCCCGAGAAUAGGGAUACCGCAGCUGAGUGAAUAAAGGGUUUUAUUCAGGAUAUAGAAAAAGGGGGGAAUGAAAGACCCCCACUCACUAAGCAGCAGUAACGCCAUUUUGCAAGGCUUAAACUUUGGAGCAACGCAAGUAAUUAGAGCAGGGAAGUUCGACUUGAAAACAAGGGCGGAGAAG